AUGACGACGACGUCGACGAUGUUCGAUCUUCCAGAGGAAUUGGUAGAGGAGAUACUCUCUAGGGUUACUAUGACAUCUCUCAGAUCAGUGCGAUUAAGUUGCAAAAAAUGGAACGCUCUCUCCAAAAAAAGGAUCCUUGGUAAAGCAGCAACGAGUCAGUUUCUAGGGUUUACGACGUGGGAUUCUAGGGUUUGCUCUUUGAGACUCGAUCUCCAAGGAAUCCGAAACGACGACGGUGGUGACUUGGGUUAUCCAUCUAUAAAGCAAAGCCGUAACCACAAAAUCUUGAGGAUGUCUGAUUAUUAUCGAUGCGGCGAGCUUUUUUCUGGGUCCGAGAUCUAUGAGUUUAGCUCUAAAUCGUGGAGGGUUCUUGAUUUCACUACCAACGUGGAAAUACGGUCUCUCAUCAAUCGACAUGGCCAGUCUCUGAAUGGGAAUGCUUACUAUUCUGCUGAAGAGAAGAUAAUCAUGCAAGGAGGAUUAGCAGAGGCUGGAGCCUUUUUGCUCUGUUUUGAUUUUACAUCAGAGAGAUUUCGACCACGUCUGUCUCUGCCGUUUCACGCUUCUGAUGAAGACGCUCUGACUAUAUAUCUGACCAAACAGCUCACAUCAUUGGACAAGAUGGAUACUUCAAACCUGUGA